AUGAGGCACAGAAGAAAUGGCAAUUUUGAGAGUUCCAGGCUGCUCUAUUCCAGCAUGUCUCGCAGCAUAGACGUGGCUUGCAGCGAUGCUGAUUUGGCCAACUUUAUCCAAGAGAACUUUAAGAAGAGAGAAUGUGUCUUUUUUACAAAAGACACCAAGUCAAUGGGUAACUUGUGUAAAUGUGGAUAUCCUGAAAAUCAGCACAUAGAGGGCACCCAGGUUAACACCACCGAAAAAUGGAACUACAAGAAGCACACGAAGGAGCUUCCUACUGAUGCCUUUGGGGACAUUCAGUUUGAAAACUUGGGGAAAAGAGGAAAGUACAUCCGCCUGUCGUGUGACACGGACUCGGAGACGCUCUACGAUCUCAUGACCCAGCACUGGCACCUGAAAACCCCAAACCUCGUCAUCUCCGUCACCGGCGGCGCCAAGAACUUCGCGCUCAAGCCCCGCAUGCGCAAGAUAUUCAGCAGGCUGAUCUACAUCGCCCAGUCCAAGGGAGCCUGGAUUUUCACCGGGGGAACGCACUACGGGCUGAUGAAGUACAUUGGGGAGGUGGUCAGAGACAACACCAUCAGUCGCAGCUCCGAGGAGAACGUGGUGGCCAUCGGCAUCGCGGCCUGGGGCAUGAUCUCCAACCGGGAGACGCUCAUCCGCACGGCCGACAGCGACGGGAGCUACUUGGCCCACUACAUCAUGGAUGACCUGAAGAGAGACCCCCUGUACUGCCUGGACAACAACCACACCCAUCUCCUGCUGGUGGAUAACGGCACCCACGGGCACCCCACCAUCGAGGCCAAAGUGCGCACCCAGCUGGAGAAGUACAUUUCGGAGCGGGUCAUCCCAGAAUCUAAUUACGGUGGGAAGAUCCCAAUUGUGUGUUUUGCACAAGGUGGUGGGAAGGAGACUUUGAAAUCCAUCAACGUGGCCAUCAAGAGCAAGAUUCCCUGUGUGGUGGUGGAAGGCUCUGGGCGCAUUGCCGAUGUCAUUGCCAGCCUGGUGGAGGCUGAAGGCACUCUUGCUUCCUCCUGUGUCAAGGAGAGCCUGCUCAGGUUCCUGCCCCGCACCAUCUCCAGGCUCUCAGAAGAGGAGACUGAGAGCUGGAUCAAGUGGAUCAAAGAAGUCCUUGAAAGCCCUCAUUUACUGACAGUGAUCAAAAUAGAAGAAGCUGGAGAUGAAAUUGUGAGCAAUGCCAUUUCCUUUGCCCUGUACAAAGCUUUCAGCACCAACGAGCACGACAGGGAUAACUGGAACGGGCAGCUGAAGCUGCUGCUGGAGUGGAACCAGCUGGACCUGGCCAGCGAUGAGAUCUUCACCAAUGACCGGAACUGGGAGUCGGCUGACCUCCAGGAUGUGAUGUUCACAGCCCUGGUGAAAGACAGGCCCAAAUUUGUCCGGCUCUUCCUGGAAAAUGGCUUGAAUCUGCGCAAGUUCCUCACCACAGAGGUCCUGAGGGAGCUGUACACCAACAACUUCAGCAGCCUGGUGUUCAAGAACCUGCAGAUAGCCAAGAACUCCUACAAUGAUGCCCUCCUCACCUUUGUGUGGAAGAUGGUGGAGGAUUUCCGGAGAGGUUUCAAAAGAUAUUACAAAAACAGCAAGGAUGAGAUGGAGAUAGAGCUUUCAGAGGAGUGUCCUAUCACAAGGCAUCCGCUGCAGGCUCUGUUUAUUUGGUCAGUUCUUCAGAACAAGAAAGAGUUGUCCAAAGUCAUUUGGGAGCAAACCAGAGGCUGCACUUUGGCAGCCCUGGGGGCUAGUAAGCUCCUGAAAAGCAUGGCCAAGGUGAAGAAUGAUAUAAAUGCUGCUGGUGAGUCUGAGGAACUCGCUAACGAGUAUGAGACAAGAGCAGUAGAGCUUUUCACCGAGUGCUACAGCAACGAUGAAGACCUGGCUGAGCAGCUGCUGACUUAUUCCUGUGAAGCCUGGGGAGGGAGCAACUGCCUGGAGCUUGCAGUGGAAGCCAGAGACCAGCAGUUCAUUGCCCAGCCAGGUGUGCAGAAUUUCCUUUCCAAGCAGUGGUAUGGGGAGAUUUCAAGAGACACUAAGAACUGGAAGAUUAUACUGUGCCUGUUCUUUUUCCCUUUAAUAGGCUGUGGUUUCAUCUCAUUCAGGAAAAAGCCUGUGGAGAAGACUAAGAAACUCUUCUUAUAUUAUGUGUCCUUCUUCACCUCCCCCUUUGUGGUCUUCUCCUGGAACGUCAUUUUCUACAUUGCAUUCCUGUUGCUCUUCGCCUACGUGUUGCUUAUGGAUUUCCAGAAGGAACCCACGGCCCUGGAGAUCAUCCUUUACGUGCUGGUCUUCAUUCUGCUUUGUGAUGAAGUGAGACAAUGGUACAUGAAUGGCAGCAAGUAUUUCUCAGACCUGUGGAAUGUUAUGGACACCCUUGCAAUCUUCUACUUCAUAGCAGGGAUUGUGUUCAGGCUUCACUCUGAUGAAAGCUCUUGGUAUUCCGGGAGAGUAAUUUUCUGUUUGGACUACAUAGUUUUUACCCUGAGGCUCAUCCAUAUUUUCACAGUUAGCAGGAAUCUAGGACCCAAAAUUAUUAUGCUGCAGAGGAUGAUGAUAGAUGUCUUCUUCUUCCUCUUCCUCUUUGCUGUGUGGAUGGUGGCCUUUGGUGUGGCCAGGCAAGGCAUCCUGAGGAAGAACGAGCACCGCUGGGAGUGGAUCUUCCGCUCGGUCAUCUACGAGCCCUACCUGGCCAUGUUUGGCCAGUACCCUGAUGACAUUGAUGGUACCACCUACAACUUUGACCACUGCACUUUUUCUGGGAACGAGUCCAAGCCCUUGUGCGUGGAGCUGGAUGCCAACAACCAGCCUCGCUUCCCGGAGUGGAUCACCAUUCCCCUUGUGUGCAUCUACAUGCUCUCCACCAACAUCCUGCUCGUGAACCUGCUCGUGGCCAUGUUCGGCUACACUGUUGGAUCAGUGCAAGAGAACAAUGACCAGGUGUGGAAGUUCCAGCGUUUCUUCCUGGUCCAGGAGUACUGCAGUCGCCUGACCAUCCCCUUCCCCUUUGUCAUCUUUGCCUACAUAUUCAUGGUGAUGAGGAAAUGCUUCAAGUGCUGCUGUAAGAAAGAAAGCAAAGAGCCGUCAGUUUGUUGCUCAAGAAAUGAAGACAAUGAAAUCCUGGCAUGGGAAGCUGUCAUGAAGGAAAAUUACCUUGUCAAAAUCAACACAAAAGCAAGUGAUUCAUCAGAAGAGAUGGUGCAUCGAUUUAGGCAACUGGAUGCAAAGCUCUCUGAUUUGAAAGGCCUUCUGAAAGAGAUUUCCAGUAAAAUUAAAUGAGUGCAGCUAAAAUCCAAGAGCAGCUACUGUAGCAGGGUAAGCCCUCUUUAAAUCCACUCUCUGCCUUGAAAAAGUUACCACCAUUUGUGGUGUCAAAUUGUGUCUUUGA